AGCCAGAGCCAGAAGAUAAGCGUCCCGAAGCAGUCGAUAGUGUUAAUCAAGUGUUCGAAAGAGGACGUUUUCCCUGUGGCAUGGACGGAUAGCAACGCAUUCUGCAGUUUUAUUCGUGGGACACUUUUAUAUCUGCUGACGUGCAGAUCUUAUUGAAAAGGUACAGGCUGUUUAAAAAUUGUCGUAACGAAGAUGGUGCUACACAAGCAGAAACAAGAGUCUCAUGAACGCCCUGCUCUUGUUGUGAGAAAUGGCUGGACAGGUGUUAAUGUUGCUGAUAUAAAUUAUACAGCAGAUAACCCUCACCUGCUGAAGGUGCGAGGUCACCAGAGGGUUCCAUCUGGCUCCCGAGAGUUUAAGGAGCUGACCAAGCGAGAUGCACAGAUCCAGCUGCAGCAUGAGUUGGACAAGUUGUUGAGCACGGUGCCUGACUUGAGACAGCCGUCCGUAAAGAAGGAGCUCGACGGCUUUGCACAACUCUUUCAUCGCUUCUUGCAGGAGGAGGGGCCGUCCGUUGACUGGGAACGCAUCGACAGGCUUCCGGAAAAUGCCGUGCGGGACUACAGCACACUGCAGUUACCUUCAGCAGACCAAAUUCACCUGAUGCUGGAAAAACUGGUGGUUGUGAAACUCAAUGGUGGUUUGGGCACUUCUAUGGGGUGCCAUGGGCCCAAGUCUGUCAUCCCAGUCCGUAGUGACCUCACGUUCCUCGAUCUUACUGUACAACAGAUUGAACACUUGAAUAAGACCUACAAAACGAACGUGCCGCUCGUGCUAAUGAACUCAUUCAAUACUGACGAGGACACUCAGAAGAUCAUCCGGAAGUACAAGGGGCUGCAGAUUGAGAUGUACACAUUCAACCAGAGCUGCUUUCCUCGCAUCAACCGAGAGUCCCUGCUCCCUGUCGCCAAAAACUGCAACAUUGAUGCAGACAUGGAAGCGUGGUACCCACCAGGUCAUGGUGACUUUUAUGAGAGCUUCAAGAACUCGGGCCUUCUCCGCAAGUUCAUUCAAGCGGGACGAGAGUACUGCUUCAUCUCCAACAUUGACAAUCUUGGAGCCACGGUAGACCUGAACAUAUUGAACCUUCUCUUGAACCCCUCAGAAGAGAAUUCAACCGAAUUUGUCAUGGAAGUUACUGAUAAGACAAGGGCUGAUGUUAAGGGUGGUACGCUUAUCCAGUAUGAGAAUAAGUUGCGGUUGCUUGAGAUAGCGCAGGUGCCAAAGGAACAUGUAGACGAAUUCAAGUCCAUUAAGACUUUUAAGUUUUUCAACACGAACAACUUGUGGGCAAAGUUGGAUGCGAUUGAGCGGGUCCUGAAUGAAAACUCCCUCAACAUGGAGAUCAUCGUGAACAACAAAUGUCUGGCUAAUGGGCUGAAUGUAAUUCAGCUCGAGACUGCUGUUGGUGCAGCCAUGAAAUCUUUUGAGGGUGGUUUGGGCAUCAGCGUACCACGAAGUCGGUUUCUUCCUGUCAAGAAGACGUCUGAUCUGCUCCUAGUAAUGAGUAACCUGUACAGCCUUAACAAGGGCUCGCUGGUGAUGAGUCCGCAGCGAAUGUUCCCGACCACUCCCCUUGUCAAGCUGGGGGACAACCACUUUUCAAAGGUCAAGGAGUUCUUGUCUCGAUUCGCCAACAUCCCAGACCUCAUUGAACUGGAUCACUUAACAGUGUCAGGAGAUGUUACAUUUGGUCGAGGUGUCUCACUGAAGGGCACUGUUAUCAUCAUAGCAAACCAUGGUGACAGGAUUGACAUUCCAUCAGGAGCACUGCUAGAGAACAAAAUUGUGUCUGGCAAUAUGCGGAUACUUGAUCACUAGUUCAGCGACAGUAAAGAAAGAUAGUGAACAAGAAAGAGAUGCUAAUAUGUCUAUUUAAAUUUCCUUAUGGGGAAAUCAGAUUCUGUAACUGCAGAAUUUAAUAAAUCAGUCACUGUUGUAUAUAAGACAUAUUUUCGUGUAAUUGGAAAGUUGGGUGUCAGUUCCAACACAGACAAAGAAGUAGCUAGUGAUCAGUUAUGCAUGUCAUUAGUUGUAGUAUGUGCACAUUUGUUUUGCUGGGAAGUGCACAUGGAAUUGUGUUGUGUGUUGUAAAAUAAUUUCUAGUUGAACUUUAAUCUAAAUGAAUGUGUGAAAGAAAGUGUGAAUUUUAUAUAUCCUGGAAAAUAUAAAAAGCAUUUUUGAGCUA